AGCGAAGGGUUUGAUCUGACACCAAGCCACAAGCCUAGUAGAAUUGGGAAUAAAACUGGACCCAACUCGAAUCAACCCACUUGCAGCCGCCACCGGAGAAGCAAAGGAGAAGAAAGUAUGGAAGAAGCGGAAGCCGCUGAGAAUGGAAGUAGGCUUCAUGAGAGCAGCAAGCGGAAGAAGCGGAAAAAGGAGGAGGAGAUGAAGAAGAAUAAAAAGAAGAAGAACCCAACGGUCAGCAUCGCCGUGCCGGGUUCCAUCAUCGAUAACGCCCAAUCCCUCGAGCUCGCCACCCUCCUCGCAGGCCAGAUUGCCCGGGCCGCUACGAUUUUUCGGAUUGAUGAGGUGGUAGUAUUUGAUAAUAAAGCUGCAUCGGAUGAUGAAUUUGUGGUUACGAACGGUGAUGAGAAUGAAAGUGGUGCGCCGUUUCUGGUGAGGAUUUUGCAGUAUUUGGAGACGCCACAGUAUCUGCGACGCCGGCUCUUUCCGAUGCACAAUAGCUUGAGAUUUGUGGGUCUGCUUCCCCCACUUGAUGCUCCUCACCAUGUACGAAAACAUGAAUGGUCCCCAUAUCGUGAAGGUGUUACAUUGGAAGGGAAUCAUUUAAAGGGAACGCUUGUAGAUGUUGGGUUGAAUAAGAAUGUUGUGGUUGAGCAAGCUCUUGAACCUGGACAACGGGUAACUGUAGCUAUGGGGACUAACCGUAAUAUUGAAUCAGAUUGUUUGAAAAAUGUUGUUACACCCUUCACCCCAAGAGAACAAAUGGGAUUAUAUUGGGGUUAUAAAGUUAGAUAUGCUUCAAAUCUGAGCAAUGUGUUCAAGAAUUGCCCAUUUAAGGGUGGAUACAAUCAUAUUAUUGGAACUUCGGAGCAUGGUCUGGUUGUUAAUUCAUCAGAGCUUGUUAUACCUCCAUUUCGGCACCUUUUGAUUGCCUUUGGCGGACUUGGAGGUUUGGAAGAGAGCAUAGAAGAAGAUAGUAAUUUGAAGGGAAAAAGUGUUCAUGAUGUAUUCAGUUCUUACUUGAACACAUGUCCUUUUCAGGGAAGCAGAACAAUAAGAACCGAGGAGGCCAUUUUUAUAUCCCUGCACUAUUUCCAAGAGCCAAUAAAGCGAGCCGCAUAAUCAGACAAAGGAGAGCAGCAGUCUGCUGAAUCCGAAAAAGAAAAAGCACUCAGCUUUGAAGAAGCUCAAAUGAGAUUGUGUUCCUGUCUAUUGAAAUCUUGCAAGCAGGGUUGUUAUGGGAAGUGACAUGAAUGCAAGAUAUCAAUUGGUUUCCAAAAUGCUUUACUCUUAAAGCUUGUGAUUUUUUAUUAAAAAUGGAAGCCAUGAUCAGUGUUGGAAGGAGUACUUCGUGGAAGCAACCAGACACGGGAUGAUCAAGUGAUCAGGAUAGAAACAAGCUGAAAAUGUAAAAUUUUGUCAAAACUAUAAUUUAUUUUCCAAAUUCUUGCAAGUUUGAUGGGGAUAUAGAAGUGUAGAAAUUAUAAUUAUAAAUCCUCUAACUAUUGUGUUAGUCCAAGAAAUGAUUUGUUGCAUAUUCUUUAAGGCUGUGUUUAGAAGCGGAAUAGAAGAUCGAGAAUGGUUGGAUUA